GAAAAUAUUGGAAAAAAGAAGGAGAGUGAAAACCUGGGCAUAGAGGGCUAUAUAGGGAAGAUAUAAGAUGGGUAAGAGUUCUCCUCUAUACGCAAAGUUCCUACUCAGAGCACUGGCAGCUCUGAGUCUUGUUUGGCUCUUGGUGUUUGCGGCAGCGGAAGCAGCCGGCAGUAGAGGAGCAGCACCAAACCCGCCCUUGAAGGACUGGUCGGAGGGAAAGGCGACGAACUCUGAGGUGAUGGAUGGAGAGAAGAAGCUUGCUUUCCGUCCGCAGUCGGAUUUCAACUACAUGAGCAAGAGGAGAGUUCCUAAUGGACCUGAUCCUAUUCACAACAGGAGAGCUGGGAACUCAAAACAACCUCCAGGUCAAGCGUAGGUUAUCGAAAGAGAGAAGACGACAGCAACGUGUGCCCCGCGUUUGCUUAAGUUUGUCUAGACAUGGGAUUGUAACUAAAGUUGUUAAUUCGAAACAUUUAAGAACACUCCAGCAUCAAAUGUUUUGUUGCUUGAUUGGUUGCCCGCAGCAUAUUCUCUUCCGGGAAGCAUUGUAUUCUUUGUGGCAACAAGCACUAGGGGGGAGUUGAA